AUGACAAAAAUCAUAUCCUCACAGCCUCAUGAGAUGGAGAUUGACGAAGAAGAAGUCGCCCAAUCUCCUACCCUUCAGUCCCCCACGGACAGCCCAAGGAAGAGAAAGAAGAAGUCGCGCAAGUCAAAAAACAGAGUCUCGUCAUCUCCAGAUCCAGACUCAAACAAUAUGGAGUCGUCACCCCCUCCAGGGGAGGAGCAUUCAAGAGAGAAGAAGCGCAAGCGGAAUUCAGAACCGGGCCAGAAGAAGCAGAAAAAACACCAACGCGAAAAAGGGGAGAAUGGUGAAAACGGUGAAAACGGAGAUGACCGUGACGAAUCACCGAUGGAUAAUAUGAAGCUUGAGUCGUCUCAGGCCGAGCCUGAGCUUCCUGCAUCGAAGAAGCCGCGAACAUCUGCAGCAAACGGCAUCGACGACACUCUCGACGACGAAGACGACGAAGAGUCCAACUUCUCUCCGGAAACUGAAGAGCUUGGCCUCACUAAAAAGGGGAAGCCCAAGAAGCUUCGCGGAUCUCGAAUUGGCGGAAAGAACAACCUCAGAGUCGGCUUCUACAUCAAGGAGGAAGUUCAAAAACUGGAAGCAUUCAAGGUUCACUUCUGCAACUUCCAUAAUAUUAGCGACCAUAAGAUUUUCGACGCUAUGGUGCAACACUCUGAACGCGACGAAAGUGAUUGGCCUUGCCCAGCAGACGUCUGCACCAAGACCGACUUUUGGUCCGAGAUCUACGCCCUUAUUCCCGAUCGAGAUCGUCGAUCUCUGUACCGGUUCAUGCGAAGGCAUUUCCAAGACUCAGCGCAGAAGCCACACGAGUGGACUGCCGAUCAGGAUGUGGAGCUUGUUCAGCUCAUGACGCUUCACCCUGGUAAAUGGGCCUACGUCGCCAAGCUCCUCGGUCGCAGCGACGAUGAUGUGACACAGCGCUGGAAGAACCAACUGGAGCACCGGGGGAAGAUGAAUCGUGGAAAAUGGAAUGAGGAGGAGCUGCGUGGAUUGCUCGACGCUGUGCAGGACAUCUGGAACAAGGUCUACGCGACCGAGGGUGACACCGCCGGCAAAGACAUGUAUGAGAUCUCGGAGAAGCAUCUCAGAUGGGGUGUUAUCAGUGAUGCUCUUUCAAAUGUGCGAUCACGUCAACAAUGCGCAGACAAAUGGCGGAAGGUGCGAAAGAGCGUCGAGAACAUGCGUGCCGCUGGAAACCCCGAUGCGCAAUUUGAUCCUGUGGCCUCUGUUAACAAACCUACUCGAUGGAGCGUUGGAGGAUCAGCUACUCCAAAGAGCCAAAUCGUUGUGUACGGCGAGGAUGAUGACGACGACGACGAAGCGGAUAUCAACAAAAUUGAGGGCGAGCGAGAUCAGCUGAACGCCAAUGAGACACCGGCUGUUAAUAAUGGGCUUGGUAUCUUCACAGGGGGAUCUGAGACAUUAACCCAGCCUCCCAUUUCUGAGCCAGACUCUGACGCAGAAUCUGAUGCUUAUGGCGAACCUGCCUCCCCUUCUAUCCAUGCUCCCAGCAGCCCGCCACACUCAACUUCCCAGCUGGAUAACGGCGAGGCUGGCAGUCCUAUGAACGAGGAUUCCUCUGACACAGACGAAGACACCGAGACCAAGGAAGAGAGAAAGGCUCGGGAGAGAAAGGAGCGCCGAAAGCAAGAGCGCAAAGAACGAAAGGAGCGGGAUCUCGUCGCUUCCGCGGCGGCUGAAGCUGCUGAAUCUAUUGAAUCUCCUGAGAGUAGCAAGAAACAGAAGAAGCACAAGAAGAGCAAAAAAUCUUUCGAUCCUGCUACUGCCGAAGUCAUUGCUGAUGAGGAUCUCACUUCUACCAACCUUCAAAAGAAGAAGAAAAAGAAGGAUCGCAUGUCAAUGGGUGAUGUUUCUGCAGCCAUCGAGGACGAGGCAUCUGCUGAAUCACCCAAGAAGAAGAAGAAAUCUAAGAAGUCGCGACACAGCAAUGGGGCAGAGCUUGAUAAUGAAGUUGAGGAAUUCGGUCAGGAUGUCAAGAUGGAAGGUGUUCUUUUGGAUUGA